AUGGUCUUCCAAACAGAGUUUCGACGAAUCUUGGUUACAAUGAUAGAGGCCUCAGUCCGCCUUAUUAGUGCUGACCCAGAAUCUGAUGAAGUAUUCAACCAGAUCCUUGACAAACUAGAACGACGUCACCGCCCUCGUGUUGACCGCACUGCUCUCCGGCAGCUCACUGAAAUGGGGUUUCCUGAAGCCAAGGCUACUAAAGCCUUACAGGAAAAAAGAAAUGUCAUGGAGGCAAUGGAAUGGCUUUUAGAUCAAGGUAACAUGGAAGAUGGCGGAACUGACAGUAUAAUUGGGGUCAACAGUGGAAGCAGCACUGAAAGUAGAGAAAACAUGGCCUCUGACCUCAUGGCCUCCAACAAUGUAGUUAAUGACCAUCCUCAAGACCCAGCAGAGAAAGUUCUUAAUACAUUUCUUCAGUACAGAAAGAAGUGGUUCCAGCCAAAUCCAGAGGCCCUGGAAAAAAUUAUGCAAAUGGGCUUCAAAAAAGAUGAUGUCAUCAAUGCCCUGCGUGUUAGUGGAAAUAAACAGAGUGUAGCUUGCGAGUUACUCCUGCGUGAUGAACCUGUGGUUACAGAUGACCAAGGACUCAAGCGAGAUUCUCCUAUCAUCUCUGCCAUCCUUGCUUCUCCUGUUAUACAACUUGCUUUACCAAAGCCAAAGACUCUUUCUUCCCCAAUUCCCAAAACCACGGUAAAUUUCAUCUCCGAACCUUCGCCAAACCCAUCAAUCAUAACAUUAAAAACAAGGAGCCAAAGUCUUUCUGGUUCUCCUUUUCGAGGGCCAUUAGGAAUUCGUGGUGCUACAGAUAUUCCAAAUGGAGUUGCUCAAGGAUUAACAGAAGGCCAGAGCCCUGUUUACAAUAUGUCCUUAGAUCAAUACAGUCAUACCACAUUACCAAGUACUGUUAGCAUUGAUGUAGAAAUGGAUGAACCUGGAAUAGAGUCACAAGAAAUGGAAACAUAAAUUUACUCUCAUGAAAUGUAUUCUUAAUUGUGAAGAAUAAUGUAAAAAAUAUAUAAUCAUAUCAGUUCCUGUAUGAAUAAUUUUAAUUUGGAAAAAAGUAGUGGGAGAAAUCCUGUCCUUGAGAAUAUAUAUGGUGUCCAGAUAAACAUAAAAUGACUAAUAAAGUAAGAAUAGAUACAUGUUGGGUUAUUUUAACGCUAUAGUGGAACCUUGGUUUUUUUAUGCCCUAGUCUGUGUGUAAAACUAUAGUUAUUCUCUAUAAAAUGUAUUUUUUGUUUAUAUUUCCCAUACGAAAUAAUGUAAAUCCAAUUAGUCCAUUCCAGACACCCAAAAAUAGUAACAAAAAAUAUGUUUAUAGAGAAGAACUAUAGUUUAACAUACAGACUAGGGCAUACGAAAACUGAGGUUCCACUGUACUUGGAAAAUUUUAACCAAUGAAAAUUUAAAAGUACAGUAGUAAAAUAUACAAAUAAAAAACUAAAUACAGUACUGUUAAGGCAGUAUAAAUAGAUCUAAUAUCUAAACAACUGUCUUAAUAAGGUGAGAAAAGCUGAACUGAGUGAUGAAGGAAUGUGAUUUGCUUAAUAAUUUUCUGUAACCUGUUGUAUUACAUGAAAAAAUGCUCUUCAGUUAGUUUGGAGGAUUCAAUAAUUCAGGGUUACUAUUUGAGAUAUGAAAGAUAGUGGCUAUCUCUCAUAUACUAGUACUGGUCUGUUUCUGCCACUUUUUAAUCUCGUUUGAAUAUAUAUUGUGCGUAAAUUACCUCAUUGUGAUUUUGCAUUGGUUAUGAACUAUUUCAUAUACAGUAGGAUCCCCAUAUCCACAGGUACGGUCCUGAUGUUUCAGUUAUCUGCGGUUAAUGGUGGCCUGAAAAUAUUAAGAGGGGAGCAGGAUUCUAGUAGAAAAAUUUUAAUAAUGGUCUGAUGUCAAUUAUUUUUUAUUUUGAGUUAAGAAGGUGGUCCAAAGUGUAGCCUGGAGUUUACCUGGAGAGAGUUCUGGGGGUCAACGCCCCCACAGCCCGGUCUGUGACCAGGCCUUAUGGUGGAUCAGAGCCUGAUUAACCAGGCUGUUACUGCUGGCUGCACGCAGUCCAAUGUGCGAGCCACAGCCCGGCUGGUCAGGUACCGUAUGUACUAGAAGUUUCAUGAAGUUUGCCCAAAAGUAAGAAGAGAAAAAAUAAAAUAAUGAUUUUUGAUGACAACACUAUAGUAAAAUUUAUGCCAAAUUGUUAUACAAAUUCCCUUCAUGGGAUUGUAAAACCAUGAUUCCUUCCCUUCCUCACUGGUCAGUCACCUAACACAUCGUCACAAUUCCUACACCACACCUCACUUCAUCUUAUCAUAUGCUUUGUACCAUUAUCAUCAUCAUCAUCACAGCAACAACACAGAACUGAGAAGUCAGUGAGUACCCACUAUAGGCUAAGAUAUUUUAUAAUUGAGGAGGUAGCUGAGCUUGGGCAGGCAGGUAUGAAAAUAUUUGGAAAAUGAGUUAAGGUUACCAAAAAAAAAAAAAAAAAACAGUUCAACAAUCUGGCAACAUUUUUGGUGUGAAUCUCAUCUUCGUCCAAUGUUUCUAAAGAAAAUAAUAAUAAUAAAAAUAUAAUAACCGUAAUAUGAUAAUAAUCAUUUAUAAUAUAGUGAUAAUAACUAUUAAUGUAUAAGAGUACAGUAGGGCCCCACUUAUACGGCGGGUUAGGUUCCAGGUUGUCGCCGGAAAGCAGACAUCGCCAGAAGGCAGAAUGCCAUUUUCUUCCAUUUAUAAAUGCAUAUAAAUGCCAGGCAACAAGUUUACACUAAAUUAUAUUAAGUUAGUAAUAGAACUAGGCAUUAAAAACAGACAGUUAAAUACAUUCACAGUAAAUUCAUUACUUAUCUUAAAGUAUUUGUAAUCUUAAUGUAGGGAGAGAGGUGAGUAGUACUUAUUUGUAGGAAGUCAGGUGCAGGUAGCCCAAGUGUAGGUAGCACUGGCUCCCCGUCUCAUACUUAAUAUACGAUAUUUAAAGUGUAGAGGAGAGAGAGAGAUUUUGGAAAAUGUUGAGUGAAUGCGUGGGGAGUUUUGAAUCAAGUGUAAGAGUAAUGGUGGUUGGGGAUUUCAAUGCUAAAGUGGGUAAAAAUGUUAUGGAGGGAGUAGUAGGUAAAUUUGGGGUGCCAGGGGUAAAUGUAAAUGGGGAGCCUUUAAUUGAGCUAUGUGUAGAAAGAGAUUUGGUAAUAAGUAAUACAUAUUUUAUGAAAAAGAGGAUAAAUAAAUAUACAAGGUAUGA